GUAGCAGAAAUGCUAGCAAAACUCCAAAGCAGGAAAAAAAAAUAACUGCAAUUACAGGUGGAUUAUUGCAAGAGUCUGUAGGAAAUUAAAGAUUAUCAUCCAGGUGACUGAAAAUAAAUCAAGAACGAUUGUUGUCUGGGAUGAAACGUGAUAGGCUGUACUUCAUUUACAGUCAAGUCUGCUUCUACCAAACAAGUUGGAUUAGGGUCACGCACCCUCUCAAAACCUCUAGAUGUUUCCUUUGAAGUGAUUCAUUUUCGCCUUUGGUUCAAUUUCUUUUUUUUUUUUCACCUUUCAACACUUAAAUGAUGGGGGGCAUUCGAUACCAGGGAGGCGAUGCCGCUCUGGGAACUUAAUUAAGGUUUCCAAUUACAGCGUUUUUGGCGUUUUAAUCCAUGUGAGGUUCCAGACCAGAAGCUGCUUAUAAACAAAAUAUAGCAGAUAAAUAAUUGAUGGCUUAUGGGGAGAAUGCAUUUAGAGGAUCAGCGGAGGGUAUAACUCAUUCUUCCCUCUGAUCUUCCCCUCUUUUGUCCUUUUUCAUGAGUCAACACGCUCCUGAAGAGAGAUGUUUUCCAGCUUCCUCCUCCUCUCAUUCUCCUCUGUCAUCACCGCAAUCAAGGCUCCACACACACACGCCCCCUCUUGCUUAAAACCAUCCACCCACCCCUCUAUCUCUCCUUGUUUUUGAGAGCGCGUUCAACUGAGACGGAAAGGGCAAGAAAAGGGAGGCAGGGACAAAAAAAAAAAAAAAAAACCCACCGGCUGGAGGACCGGCGCCUCGGGAGGCAAGCCUCGACGUCAGCGAGGGACGCUCUUCAGACACAAAGACACCUGGCUUCAUUUGCAUUCGCCGCUCGCCCCUCCAUCCUCCUCCUCCUCUCUCCCCCCACCCCGUUUUGCCGCCAGACCGGAGCGUAAACACACCCACGCGUGGAAAAAAAACAACAAAAAACAACAAAAAAAGGGGGAGCCCAAUCCCGACUUCCUCCGUCUCGCUGCUCUCCACACCACACCCUGGGAUGUGUUUUUCUAUUUAUUUGAUUUUUUAACCGCCGGCUCGGAGGGAUGUUUUCGUGAGUUCACGCCACAGGUAAUCAUCCUCACUUGACGGGAGCCAGAAGAUGAAGAAAAUCUGGUCCAAGAAGAGAUUUCAGAGAACUGGGAAUUCCACGCGGACAUUUGGCAGAUUUACCCAUGGUGUGUUGUCGGUGUGAGCUUUACACCAAUUCUUCUUUACCCUAUCGCCCCGGAACUUGUCUUCUUUUCUUUUCUUUUCUUUUUGGGGAGGGGGAUUUAAAAAAAAAAAAAAAAAAAAGUAAAAGUCAGAACUGCUCUCAUAAGUUUUUUGCUGCAGACCAUUUGUGUGUUUUUGAGAGUUUAUCUGCUCUCAAACAAAAGUGGCUUUUGUUGUUGUGCAUCCACCCCCACAACGCUGUAUUUUGGUGAUGGCACUGCUGCUUCUGCUGCAUAGAAAACCCUCGGAUGGAUCACGUCAGUGCAAAAUUCAUGCACUUAGGAAGCACAUAUUAGCUAACCCCUAGGGUAGUUUAUGUAGUAGAUUCCUUCACGAUAAAGUUAUAAACGGAUGCAUUUCCUUGUUUUUUUUUGUUGUUUUUGUUUUUUUUACUGGCUCUCUUAUCACGACAAUGAGGUGCGACCUGUCGUGUGGUUGUCGUCCUCCUUCACAGGUCCCCUAACCAGUUAACGUAUCUGUCAAGCCUCCCAACAGUUUGGCUGCUGAUUUUUUAUUUUUUUUAGACUAAUGGGUACGAAGAGGAUUGGUCGUGUGGGUGAGAGAGAUGCUGGUUUCCAUAGUAACGGUGCUCUCCCGUCUGCCCUCUCUUGCUGCCACUAUGGAAGCGAAGUUUUCCGCUCCUGCCGAAAGCAAAGCUAUGACUCUGAGACCACAGAGGAUGAGACCACAGAGCCUCAGAUGGAAACCAAAGAAGGCCCUGGGCGAUCCCAAGACAAGGCCGGUAGAAGAGGGCCUUCAGGUGAGGGAGGAAGGAUGAUGGAUCACAACCCAGAUGCUCUGGACCGCAGGGCCACUCUCCCCAGCGCCUAUAACCCCGUGGUGGAGCGGGAGCUCCGCACUCUGAGCUCUCGCCCACCGGGGCUACACAUGGACCCCACAAACCCCGCCAGGACUCCAAGUUCCGAUCAAGCUUGGGGACUCUCCCAUCAAGUCUCUAUUCCCUCUAAACAUCCACCUCUCAGCUCAGACAAAAAUGGCGCCAACUCUCACAAAAAUACUCCGGACAAACCCAAAUCGUCGGGUCCUCCAGCCUCCACCGGCAUUGCCGUGACUCCCAAACUGGCUCGCGCAGGAUCCAAGAUCUUUGACAAAGUUCGGGCCUUCGAGGAGCGACGAAUGAGCGCCGAUUUGCCAAAAGGGUCCGCUUGUUUCGACUUGGAUGACAGAGGGAAGAAGACGGGAGGCGCCGGCAAAGAGGAGGGACGAUCCGUGCAGGGCGCCGCCCAGAAAAGAGCAGCAUUCCAGCAGCGAGCGUCUUCGCUGGAGGACAAGACAAGCUACUCUCAAAGGGUCCAAAGCUACCAGAACAAGUUUGCAGAAGAGCUCCAGAGGAUCAAGAAACUGGUGAGCAAACCGAGCUUGAGGAAGGCAUAUUCCACUGAGCAGCUGUCCCUGACAGACAGGCCCAACACCAGGAAAGUCGAGCCCAUUCCUCCCCAGGUUGUGAAAAAGUUGGAAGCGAGAGAGCGAGCUCUGGAGGAGAAGAGAGCUGGGGGGCAGCAGGGGGAGAGCAUGUUGCUGAGUUCUUCUCGGGCCCAAAACAGAGUUGAGGAGAAUCAAAGCAAGGAGGCCGAGAGGGGAGAGAUGACACAGGGCGUUCGCGGCUCUUUGAGAGGAAGCAGAAUCCCUGUUUCCACGGAAACAGCAUCAGUUCAUCAGCUACCAGAACAUCCAUUGCCAACAGCAGCAAGGAAAAGCCCAAUCAGUGAACGCUCAACGGAUAAAGUCACAGCACUUCCACCAACCAAGGAAUCUUCACCCAGAGGUUUGACAACAGAGUCAAAGAGCGACAAUGCAGCGGCCAAACAAUCCCUCCACAGAGCCAACGCCCCAACGGACAGGAGGGCGUCUCCCGUGAGCGCCAAGGAACCCGGGUCCCAGUUUCCACCCAAACCCCCCCGUUUGACCCCGUUGCCCACUCGUUCGGCCAGCCCCAUUCUGAAGAAGAGGAAGACAGAGGAAGGGCGGGUAUCUCCGUAUCGGAAAGUCGGCCUCCCGGUGAUUCUAGUGGACGAUGAACCCAUGGAGACGGAUGAACCUGGAGGUUGUAGCAAAGAGGCAAACGGGGCUAAAAGAAAAGAGGGAAGAACUCGCAAAAGCAAGAAGGGUCGAUCAAAUCAACCAGAAGAAGAAGGUUCUUCAGAUGAUUCAUACUUGUCUGCGGACGAGGAGCCGGAAGAGGCCCCGACUUUUGAGAAACCUCUUGAGGACGCCACGGCCACUCGUGGCUCUGUGGCCAUUUUAACGUGCAUCAUCACCGGCAGCCCAACACCCACAGUGGCGUGGAAGAAGAAUAAUGUGGAGAUACGGACCGAUGCAUUCCACGUGGUCAAAGCCGAAGGCGACAGGCACAGUCUGGUGAUAAAGGAGAUGAGCCUUCACAACGCGGGGUCGUACUGUGUCACAGCUGUCAACUCGGCGGGCAGAGCGUCCUGCAGCGCCACCCUCAACGUCCAAUCAGAGCCAACACAAAUGCAAUUUGGGAAACCGCUUGUAUCCUCCAAAGUCUGCAGUCCGGUCCAGUCAGACGAGGAGUAUUUGAGCCCCCAGGAGGAGGUGAUGGAGACCGAAGACUCGUCUCCUCUGGGGAAAAGUGUGAACUGGAAGGAGCGCCCCUCGUUCCAGGUGGCGCCGUGUGAUCAGGGAGUAACUGAAGGUGAAGACGUUGUAAUGACCGCCAAAUUCAGAGGACAGCCCAAACCAAUGGUGAACUGGCUGAAGGACAACGUGAUGGUAAAGACCGCGGGCCGCUUUGUUGUACGGGAGACAAACAACAGCACAAGUGAAUUGAGAAUCAAUUCUGCUCAGAAACCAGAUGGAGGCCUUUAUGUUUGCAAAAUCAUCAAUGAGUAUGGAACCAAGCAGGCAGAGUGCAGACUAGAGGUCAAGGAUGCUACCCAGGUGGCCCUUGGGAUCACUAAGGAGCUGCGAGAUGUGGCGGUUCGGGCCGGAGACUCUGCAACAUUUGAGUGUCACAUGACGGGACCCGCAGACGUGGAUGUGGACUGGCUCUCCAACGGGAAGCUGAUCCAGCCAGCGCUACUCAACUGCAAGAUGCACUUUGAUGGAAAAAGGUGCCGUCUGAUGCUGAACUCUGUGCAUGAGGACGACAGUGGAACCUAUGUGUGCAAGCUGAGCACGGCUAAAGAGGAGUUGAUCUCAAGCGCAAAUCUGAGGGUCUUUCCAUCCAGGGAGCCUCUCUUCACUCGUAAACUGGACAUCCUUGAAGUAAUAGAGGGACGCACGGCGCGGUUUGACUGCAAAGUGAGCGGAUCUCCUGCUCCGCGAGUAACAUGGAUGCACUUUGAGGCACGAGUUGAAGAGAAUGAUAACAUCCGAAUCCUACAAGAGGGAGGCCGCCACUCGCUGGUCAUCAGCCACGUCAGCGGCGACACCGAGGGCUUCUACACGGCAAUCGCUGAGAACAUUCAUGGAAAAGCUGAAUGUACGGCAGAGCUCUACAUGCAAGAACCCCGAGCUGCCCUCUCUUCUCACAUGACGAAGUUGGAGAAGAUGCCGUCAAUCCCCGAAGAGCCUGAAAUGGUGGACAGUGAGGUGGAGAGAAGGACCAUGCCGGACUUCAUCAAACCUCUCGGCGACGUGGAGGUGUUUGAAGGGAAGGAGGCGGUUCUGAAGUGCAAAGUGGCGGGCCUGCCGUAUCCGACCAUCUCCUGGUACCACAAAGGCAAACCCAUCGAGAGCAGCGAGGAACGGAAAAUGAUUCAGUACAGGGAUGUCCACAGUCUGGUGAUUCGGAGCGCUUGUCACGCCCAUGGCGGCGUCUACAAGGCGGUCAUCUCAAACAAAGUGGGCAAGGCGGCCUGCUAUGCGCACCUGUAUGUCACAGAUAUUGUACCGGACCCUCCUGAUGGACCUCCAGUAAUUGAAGCAAUCACUGGGAAAACCAUAACCCUCAGCUGGAAGAGACCAAAGAGGCUUGACCCUUCACUUGAUACCAGCUCCUUGCUCUACGUGGUUCAACAGCAGCAUCUAGGGUCCAUCCAAUGGUCCGUCGCGGCAUCUAACCUAAAGGAGACGACCUACACUGUCACCACACUGUCCAAGGGAGUCCGGUAUGCAUUCAGGGUCCUCACAUCCACAGGAAAGAGUCUCAGCAAACCAUCGCCCUCCACUGAUCUAGUCCAGCUGCUUGAUAGAGGGCCGUAUUUGAGGAAAGCUCCUGUAAUUGUGGAUAAACCUGACAUUGUGUAUGUGGUGGAGAAUCAGCCCACAAGCAUCACCAUCACGCUCAACCAUGUGCAUGCGGUGGUCACCUGGAAAAGGAGGGGUGUGGUGUUGGUCAACAAACUUGGGACUUGCGAGAUGAGCAUGCCGGACGACGAUCAGCACACGCUGAAGCUGCUGCGGGUCCGAAACUCCGACGUCGGUCAGCUGGUGGUGACGGCCAGCAACCAGUUCGGUAGCGACCUUUGCGCGCUGCAGCUGGUCAUGGCCGUUCGUCCAAAGUUUGAAACCAUCAUGGAGGACGUGGAUGUGCACGUGGGGGAAACGUCCCGGUUGGCUGUUGUGGUGGAAGGGAACCCAGAUCCAGACAUUCUUUGGUACAAGGAUGAUGUCCUCCUCUCUGAAAGCAGCCACUUCACAUUUGUGUACGACGACCCUGAAUAUUCCCUGGUGAUCCUCGCCGCUCAGCCGGAGGACUCUGGCGUGUACACCUGCACGGCCCAGAACCUGGCUGGCUCCUGUAGCUGCAAGGCGGAACUCACCGUCCACACAGAGCAAUUGGAGCCGGCGCCACCGAUGGAGGACGAGGGGACCAUUCUGAGGAAGAUGCGGCGCUUGACGGAUUACUAUGACGUCCACAAAGAGAUAGGGAGGGGAGCCUUUUCUUACGUAAAGAGAGUGACCCUGAAAGAAGGCAAAGGCGAAUUUGCCGCUAAAUUCAUCUCUGCACGCGGUAAAAGGAAAGCCUUGGCCCUGCGAGAGAUGGAUCUGCUGGCCGAGCUGGACUACGAGAGGAUCCUGUACUUUCACGACGCCUUUGAGAAGAAGAACGUCGUCAUCCUCAUUACCGAGCUAUGUCACGAAGAGCUGCUGGACAGAAUAGCCAAGAAAACAACAGUCAUGGAGCUGGAGAUCCGCAAAAGCAUUCAACAGGUUUUGGAAGGGCUUCGGUACCUUCACCAAAAAAACAUUGCUCAUCUCGACAUAAAGCCUGAAAAUAUUUUAAUGGCAAGCUCCAGGUGUGACAAAAUCCGUAUUUGCGACUUUGGUAAUGCGCAAAAAUUGGAAAAUUUGGAAGAACACUACUGUAAAUAUGGCACACCUGAGUAUGUCGCACCUGAGAUUGUGAACCAAACUCCUGUUUCUACAGCAACAGACAUUUGGCCUGUGGGUGUCAUCACGUACCUCUGCUUGACCGGCGUUUCUCCUUUUGCUGGCGAGAAUGACAGAGCGACUGCCUUAAACAUCCGAAACUACAAUGUCGCGUUUGAGGAGAGUAUGUUCUCAGGCCUCUGUAAGGAAGCAAAGGGAUUCGUCAUCAAGCUUUUGGUCGUGGAUCGACUGAGGCCAAGUGCCGUUGACUGUCUCCGCCAUCCUUGGUUCAAGUCACCAACAAAUAAGAGUAUUUGUACAGCAAUGCUUAAGCAAGUUCUCUCCAGGAGGCGAUGGCAGCGGUCCCUAAUCGGCUACAAAUCCAAGAUGGUGAUGCGCUCCAUCCCAGAGCUGCUAAACGACUCAUCCAGUCACGUGUCCAUCGCUGUCGCCCGGCACUUAAAGGACAGCUCCCCACCGCCUUCCUCUUCCUCUGACUCGGAUGCAGACGUGGAUGAGCUUCCUUUCAUUCCCAUGCCGAUGUCUAUGGUCUUCUCCGGUUCCAGGGUCUCCCUUAAUGAGAUUCCGGGGGACGAGGAGGUUAGGCAGCCAGUUGUUGUUGGGGAUGUGAGCAAAAAGACUGUCGUGGAUGAACUUGGUAGAAAAGAGGCAACAAGAGGGGUUGAAGAGGAAGUGGAAAAGACAGAGCGGGCGAUGGUCAACAAAGGAUCCACUGUGGAGUCCAAUGAAUUACAGACCAAAGCGAGGAGGGCCACGAUGAGGAGAGGCAGCUCUGCUGAUUCCGCUCUUCUCCUCCAUAUUGACUCAGGAGAGAAGAUGAACAAUGAUGACUCUGAGGGUAACAAGAGCCUCAAAAAGGCCAUUUCCAUGGAGAUACCCAAUCGUAGUCCCAGCCCCGGAGCGACCAAGUUAAGCCAAGAGGAAUACGCCCUAAAACUGGAACUAAUGAGACAGCGGCUUCUCAGGGGGGGAAGUGUGGACAAAAAGAUGAGUGGCCUGCGUGGGCCCUUGUUUGAAACACUCGGCAUUGAUGGCCAGACCCAGACAGGAUCUCUUGAUCGAAACUUGAGGAAAUCCAGAGCCGGACCGUCAAUCAUCCGAGCGGCAUCCUCAGAGAGUCCCGGAGAGGACACCCCAAAGACCAAAGUAUUCCGCAAAAGUGUCUCCUUCACCCAGGAGGAUUCAGAACCCAUGCCCCUACGCCGGAGAUCCGGAGCCCCCUUAGAGAUUCCGUCCGCAAGUCACGCCAACAUAGACGGGAAACCUCUCCGGGAAGCAACCUCAGUGUCCGCACUGACGGAACAAACGCUGGAGUCGUCAAAAGAUAGAAUGUACUUUGUGUUCCCAGAACCAGCAGACAAGGACCAAGAACAGAAAUGGAACACUGAGGACAGAUAUGAAGACGAGGAACAAAGGACCAAAAUUCUGUUAGAAAAACAAGAUCAAGUCAAAUCGGAGUCAACAUCCCCCUCUCUUAUCACUCCCAUCAUUGUUAUAGAAGGAGCUGAGGAGGACGAAAGGAAGAAAGCCAAUCAAAAGUUGCAUAUUAAUGGGAAGGUAAUGAAAGGAGUGGAAGGUAGUUCCAUUAAACCAAAGCCAAAUGAUACAACUUCUGCCAAUACCCUUCAAUCACCCGAGCACCCAGCAGUUUACGCCAAGGUAGCAACCCUAGACGGUCCCGUCUCUUCCUCAUCAACCCCCGAUCUCCCCACCAUCCCCCGCCACCCCGUCCUCAGAACGGACAUCAAAGACAUCGACUCAGAGGAGGUCUUUGAAGCUAGGUUUAAGAAGCGCGAAUCCUCCUUGACCCGCGGCCUCCGCAAGCUGACAGGAAACAAAUCGGAGGAGAAGUCACCCGUCCUGAGCCGCAGGGCGCUAGAAGGGGGCGAGGAGGUAUACAGGCCUGGACCAAAGGGAUCACCCCUUGAGAUGGUUCCCAAAGGAAUACAGGAGAGAUCCAAGUCGGUACAAGAUUUGAGAGAAGUAAGUCGGGACACAGGCUUUGGUGUGAUCGGAAGGUUUUCAUUGCGUAAAGCAUCCACCGAGAAAAAGGAAGAGAAGCAAACAAAUGUGGAAGAGAAUGCGUCAACCAGAAGGGGUUUGUGGGCCGUCGGUCACAGCAAGUCUUUGGAUACAAAAGAUGUGGAUAGCACCGGGACACAAAGACAGCUGGAUGAUAGAGGGCAAAGAAAAGCCGAGGAGUCAUCUGUGUCUGCUAUGAGGCGUAGGUUCGAGUCCAAGGUGGCUGGAAUCUCGGCUAAGAUAAGGAGUCAGUCGGAGGAAAGGCGGGCUAAAGAAACAAGAGGGAGUCAAAAAGAACUGGCUGAGAAGGAUAUGAAGAAGGUUUCGGACUCUCCAGUGCUAGCGAUGCGUCAAAAAUUUGAGAACAAGGUGGCGGAAAUUUCCACAAAAAUCCGAAGUCAGUCCGAGGAUAGAAAAGGAGAUGGUGACAGUAGGAGUACACCUUUAUUUUCUCGCCAUCGUCAUUCCCACUCAGAGGGCCGUGGACUUAAAGAGAUGGGAAUUCCGGAGAAUCAACUUGCGAAGCAAAGUGGUGCCACGGCGUCCAAGGAGUCCAUCGAAUCCGCAACCAGCACUCAGUCCGAAAAAGAGAGCGACCGGCGAUCUCGCUGGGACAGGUGGGGUCUGACGAGAAGCAAGCGGGAAAAAGUGCCGUCACAGCCCGAUUUGGCCUCAACUGACCCCAAAGACGAAGGUCUAACCAGAAGCCAACAGUUCAUCCGCUCGGCUUCCGACUUCGCUCCUGUUUUCCACAUCAAGCUGAAAGACCACGUCUUACUGGAGGGGGAGCCUGUCACUCUCAGCUGCCUCCCUGCUGGCAGUCCCCACCCACAAAUCACAUGGAUGAAAGAUCGUAAACCGCUGGACGCAACAGACGACAGAAUCAAACUGAUCUCCCACCAAGACGGAAGGCAGCUGCUGACCAUCUCCAAAUCGACCCACAGGGACACGGGGGUAUAUGAAUGCGUUGCGACCAACCCCAUAGCCACCAUCACUACCUCCUGUACCCUCUCUAUAGCCAGUGUCCCAAAAAAACCCGGGACCCCUGAAGUGGCUCAGACCUACAACAACACGGCUCUGGUGCUGUGGAAGCCAGCAGACACUAAACCUCCAUGCAGCUACUCUCUGGAAAGAAAAGAAGAAAGGGAACCGAACUGGGUUCUGGUGGCAACCGGAAUCGUCGACUGCUACUACAAUGUCACUGACCUGCCACUAGGGGGCGCUUACAAGUUCAGGGUCUCCUGUGUCAACAAGGCGGGACAGGGUCCAUACAGCUGCUGCUCUGCUCCAAUAACCCUGACUGGAAAAGCUGAUGGAGCUUCACCUUCUAUCGCCGUGGUAAAGACGGUCCCAACCCUGCCUGAACCGGAGUCCACCCCCAACAGAACCGAUGCUCACCUCAAACCGGUCAAAAACAACGAUGUGAAGGCAGCAUCAUCCAUUAAAGAUUCAACUCCGCCUCCUGCCCUACCUCCUCAAACUACAUCCCCCAAAGUGGUGGUCAUUCCCUCCACUUCACCCCCUUUGGCUUCCACUCCUUCAUCAAACUCUUCUCUACCGUUAUCUGGCAGUGAUCCUCAAAAAACAGCAGCCUCUCUUCCUUUUUCAACUCCGAAAGCCCCUUCGCCUUUUGACAUCCCCAAACCACAGAGUCCAGUCAACGUGGUGUCCCCUAUGACCCAGACCCCGACCACUUCAUCCCCACUUCCUGCCCCAACAAAACCAACGUCUGUGCCCACUUACGCCCCAGUAAGUACAGCCACGGCUCGCGUGGCGCCGACUCCCGUCACCUUUUCUCCUCAAAUGGUCCAAACAUCCAGCCUGACACCCAUCGCUGAGGGCGCCAGUACCCCUUCCAGGGGAACGCCAUCGGGCCGCUCCACGCCCUCCUCGACGCUACGUCAAGGAGUUCCUCAAAAACCCUACACUUUCUUGGAGGAGAAAGCCAGGGGGCGGUAUGGAGUCAUUCGUGAGUGCAGAGAGAACGCAACGGGUAAAAUGUACAUGGCAAAGAUCAUUCCCUACACGCAGGAAAGCAAGAAGGACGUGCUCAAGGAAUACGAGAUCUUAAAGUCCCUGCACAGUGAUAAGAUUAUGGCGCUGCACGAAGCCUAUGUCACGCCGCGGUACUUGGUGCUGGUGGCGGAGUAUUGCACCGGAAAAGAGCUGCUGUACACCCUCAUAGACAGGUUCCGCUACUCCGAGGACGACGUGGCAUCCUACCUGGUCCAGAUCCUUCAGGCAGUGGAGUACCUCCACAACAGGCGCGUCCUCCACCUGGACCUCAAGCCGGACAACAUCAUAGUGACCAACCUCAACGUCGUCAAGCUUGUGGACUUAGGCAGCGCUCAGACCUUCAACCCACUCAACCUGCAACAGCAGGAGUCCGGAGCAGGAACACUGGAGUACAUGGCUCCUGAGAUGUUGAAAGGGGAAGUUGUUGGUCCUCCAGCUGACAUGUGGACUGUAGGAGUUGUUACCUACAUCAUGCUAAGUGGCCGGCUGCCCUUUGAAGACAAGGAACCGCACCAAGUGGAAUCCAAAAUCCUGAUGGCGAAGUUUGACCCAACAAGACUUUACCCCAACGUGUCCCAAAGUGCCUCAACUUUACUCAAGAAGAUGUUGAGCAGCUACCCAUGGGCCCGUCCAACAACACGCGACUGCUUCUCACACGCCUGGCUCCAGGACUCGUACCUGAUGAAGCUCCGGAGGCAGACUCUGACCUUCACCUCCGGCAAACUCAAGGAGUUCCUGGUGGAGCAGCAAGGCCGCCGCGCCGAGAGCGCCACCAAGCACAAGGUGCUGCUCCGCACCUACCAGGGCUCACCCCGCGGCACUGCGUCUGCCCCCUCCCCCGCAACCCAAGUUCCCGCCCCACAGUGAAAGUGUGCGGGGGUUGGAUUCUCCAAAAACAAGUGCAUUUUUAUGGGAACUGGUGUGAAAACUGACUUCACAAACUGUUUUUGACGAGUUAGUCGAAAUGGACUAUAAACGGAAACUCAAAAGGGAGGACGCAGGAUGUUCUUUGUUUUCUCUCCGUCGCAUUUUUCAUCCGAAAUUUGCACAUUUUUGAUUUGAACGAGUCUUCUUUCUGCACGAUCACCCUCAUACUUUUUGUCACUCGAUUUGGUGGUAAGCAAUUCAUGUGAAUGUACCAUGAUUUAAGCUGCUAACUUCUUUUUAGUUUACCAAAAAAAUAUAUCUUUUGUUUUCUUUUUUUCCCCUGCGGAAAUGUGUUUACUUUUUCCAUGUUAAUUUAUUUGCAUGUGCGAGAUCCUUUUGGAGUCACUUUUUGACAUGCGCAAAGACGAGGAUUGUCUUGGUGGUUGAAGGUCAAACCGUAAACUCUUUCGAGGAGCCAGAGGAAUUUGUCUUACAAGCCUUUUUGUUCUGUGGUUUCUUCUCAACUCUGACUGUAUUGCAGCUGUGAAAAGCAGUGAAUUGUGUAGAUACAACUGUACUCUGAAGAAAAAAAAUCCCCAAAAUCUACAUCUCAACUGAUGUUUUUCUGUGUUUUUUGGUCCACUUGCUCCAGUCUACUUUAAACUGGUUGCAAACUGUUGUAAAAGUGUCUUCAUUGUUAAAGUAAAACUGAUCAGAAUCCGGACAAUAAACCCGCCAAGACAUAUAUAUAUAAAUAUAUAUAUAUAUUUAUAAAUGCAUUCAGGCACAUACAAAGAGUUAUAUCGGAACAUCUUGUGUAUUUGCCCCGUCUUCAGUGUUCCUUUUGUAUGAACUGGGAUGGUUGGAGGUUUGUAAGUGUAAAAAUUUGCAGUGUUUAUAUGUCGAAAAAGGUAAAAAUGUUUUUAAUAGAUAGUACGUAAUAAACAUUUGAUGCAACUAAUUUAGUUUAGUGUUGAAGUUUCUGAGUUUUUGAAGAAUUGAUUUCCAUAUUGAAACUAGUUUAAAAUGAAAAUGGUCACCAUUGCACACAUUAACACACUGAUGGCGGCUCCGCUGCUGAACGCCAACCUAUAACCACCAGUAGCAAUGUGGAGUUCAGUUAGUCAUUUGUGACGCAUGGUCUGCCAAAGCGGGAACUGAACCUACGAUCUUCCAAUCAGAGGUCGACCGCUCUACCUGUCAACAUUCAACUGAGUACAAAGAUUCAUUCAAUUUCUGGGUUAAAAAACAAAAAUACCCGAGCAAGGCACGUUUACCAGAAUACCUCUAGGGGGCGGGUCCGUACCCGCUCACUCAAAAGUAAAAAAGUCAAACUUUGCAGGAACAUAAAAGCAUUUAUCUUUAUCUUUUUUUUUUUUAAUCAUCAAUGACCUAUUGAAAACAAUACUUAAAAAGCAAGUGCAUGAUUCACAGUUUUUGACUUGAAAUUUACUGUCAAAUUCUCAAUUAUAAAGUAUUUAAAUCACGUCAAACUAGUUCACAUUCAACCCAUCUGAUCUCGAGUGGGUAACAUAAUAGCUAAAUUACAUAUCUUCAGCUUGUUAUCCGUAGGUUUGUUUUUUCUCAGUUGGAAAAAUGCCUCAA